AUGCCCUCUCCCCCAUCGUCCCCAUUUGCGGGUCACGCGACACCAAUGCUACGAAAAUCCUCAACCAGAGCUGGUACCCAACGGAGAGUCUACGGCAAACGAAGAAACAAUGCGGCUAGAGCUGUCUUUGAGAAGAAAAGCCCCGCCAAGGAGGUCUCACCACCACCCACAAAAUCAGAUGAUACCGUCGAGGCCAUACAAUCCAAAUUGGCCGCAGUGACCAUUCAAGAUGAGUCGGUAUCUCCACCAGCAGAUGUCGACAGUGCAGCGGAAGAGACUCAGCAGGAAGAAAAAGACGCUACCCCCGAACCUUCAAGCCCGGCCUCUCAACAAUCCGAAACUUCAACCCCGCAGACCUCCCCCGAGAAAGCGAAGCCCUACGAAACCAUGGUGGAGGUCAGAAUCAGCGCCAAAACCUUACAACCUACACCCUCAAAGCCUCAAGGCAAAUCAAGCAUUCCCUCAAUAGACCGAAGAGUCCCAAGGCAAAAGAUUCCCAUCGGGCGGCGGUCGUCCGGCCUUGUCCACGACACCAAAGCCAACACCUACGUUCGCCCAAUCCUCAACGAGGCCCUGUCCGCAGUCGCAUCUCAAAAUAUCCAGAAAUUCAGCACAUGGGCCUCCAGAUCCGCAACAAUGUUCCACGUCGCGAAGCUAGCAGAAGGUUCAUACGGCGAGGUAUACAAGCUCCAUCUGCGGGAAGAGAGCUGUCGACCUGCAGUAUCCAAGUCCAAACUAGCCAAGCUGCAAGCUUACGGCGAUGGUGUUUUCAAGGUCGUCCCGUUGCGAGCGCAGAGCGGCCCCGGCUCGAAGAAAUUCACCACCAUUGAUGAAAUUGUGUCCGAGGUCAAGAUGCUCAAGUACCUUGAUCCGAUUCCAGGGUUUGCGCGGUUCAGGGAGAUCCAUGUGGUACAGGGUCGAUUCCCAGAGUCUUUCCAAAGUGCUUGGGAUUACUACAAGAAGACCAAAGAUGACUGCAUGAAUCCCAAUCCGUCGAGUAAGAAGGCAUACCCUGAUACGCAGCUCUGGGCGAUUGUGGAGAUGGACGAUGCGGGAUGUGAGCUUGAAAAGUUUAGUUGGGCGUCGAUCUUCCAGAUUUAUGAUAUCUUCUGGGGCGUGGCUAUGGCGUUGGCGCGCGCCGAAGAGUAUGCUCUUUUCGAGCAUCGCGAUCUUCACUUGGGCAAUGUCUGCAUUCGCUCCACACGACCAGAUGGUUCGAUGGAGCCCCCUACGGAGUUAGAGGUUGCACGUCAGCAAUCAUCUAGUGGAUUUGGAGCUAGUUCCCUCGAGACAACCAUCAUCGAUUAUUCACUUUCGCGUGCUGAUCUUCGCCUUGCCGACUUGCUCGAUGAUCCGGAGGGGGUUAUUGAGAUUGCUUCAUCCGAUCUGGACAAGAAGCAGAUUUUCGAUGCUGUUGGUCGCGAUAAGGACGAAAUCUUGUUGCGAAACACAUAUAGACAUAUGCGCGCAACACUUUAUACUGGAAACCCCGCGGAGACCGAGAAAACACCCGACAUCCCGGGCAUUUGGGCGGAAUAUGUCCCGCGAACGAACCUGGUCUGGCUGCUCUUCAUCCUGAAGAACCUCCUCAAGAAUCGAAAGAUGGAGCCCGAACAGCCAGCUGUCUCUGUCCAAAGAAGAGCCCUUGCACCCUGUUCUCCGAACAAGAAACUCACAGAAGGGGGAUCUGCCAGAGGCAAGCCAAAAGCUAAAGACCACGAGGUAGCAGGUGCAUUGGUGAAAAAGCGACAAGCCAAGGACCUCUCUGCACGGGUUUCAAAUCUCAAGCAGACGCUACAAGACAGGCUGAAAUCUGUCCUCGAGCUUCUGGAUAUCGAGCAUGGUCACGAGGACAUGUGCUGUGCGGCUGAUUUGGUUGCUUAUGCGAUGGAUUCGCAAUGGUUGGCUGAGCAGGACUUUUUCUGA